CUUCUUGUUGUCAUACUGGGCAGAGACCUCACAUGUGAAACAGUGCGUUUAACACAUGAUAAGACAAUGGACUCACAAGACUAAGAUGGAGAGUAAAUAGCACCCUCAGCUGAGGACAGUGGUUUUUGUAGCGUGGGUGUUGGCUUACGUCGCCUUCCUGCAUUCCAUCAGGAGGAUGUGGAGCGGGAGGUACGUGCGCAGUCCGCUCGUUCGAUCACUCUUUUUGAACAUGGUGAGCGACAGCGAUGGGACGGCCGUGGGGGAGACACAUGAGUGGUACCGGUGCAAUCCGGACCUGCUGGGAGAAUCGGUGCAACCUCUGUUCAUCCAGAGCCACUUGGACUCAGACACUAAGGUGUUUCUCAAACAAAGCAUGGAGAAAUCUGGCUGGAUGUUCACUCAGCUCUACCACUCUUUGGUAUCAACCGUCCUCAGCCCUAUGGUCUCACGCACCUCCAUUAAUGGGUUUUUGGGUCGCGGCUCUAUGUUUGUGUUUUCCGCGGAGCAGUUCCGCCAGCUGCUCCAUAUCGGUCCGGAGUGGAGGGCCGAGAGACUCCUGGAUCUAGGAGCUGGGGAUGGAGGCGUCACAGAGGUGAUGGGAGCCCAUUUUAGAGAAGUUUAUGCCACUGAGGUGUCGCCACCCAUGAAAUGGCAUCUCCAGAGGAAGAAUUACAAAGUGCUGGGUAUAGAUGAGUGGCAGCAGCCUGGUUUCCAGUACGAUGUGAUCAGCUGUCUGAACCUGUUGGACCGUUGUGACGAUCCUCUACAUCUACUACUGGACAUCAAGCGGUCGCUCGUUCCUAACACGGGAAGACUCAUCCUGGCUGCGGUGCUUCCCUUCCAGCCUUACGUAGAAGUCGGAGGGAGAUGGCAGCGUCCCAAAGAACACCUGAAAGUCAAAGGAAAAUUGUGGGAGGAACAAGUGACCAACUUUUCCAACGAGGUUUUCCGAAGGGUAGGGUUUGAGGUGGAGGCUGUGACUCGGUUGCCAUACCUCUGUGAAGGGGACAUGUAUAACGAUUACUACGUUCUCGACGACGCUGUUUUCAUUCUCAAGGCCUCAGACAUCAGUGAAGAUUCCGAUCACUGAGUAAGAAAUACCCUCCGGGACUAUCGGACACCCUUACUUUGCUAACGUAACUUUAUCAUGAUAGGUGGGUAGGUUGCUCCAGUGUGGGGUUUUGGUGCAAUUUUCAUAAGCUUCAUGCAUAAAAACACAGUAUUUCUGACUUUUUAGAAUAGUUGGGGUCAGGUGUGAAGCUCAGGUACUGUGGUCCCUACAUUUACCAGCCAUGUCGUGUGACGUGAUACCUCUACUCUUUUAAGCAAAAAAUAACUGAAUGGCAGUGUGCCUCUGUUGAAAUACUGCUGAUCAAGUCUUCUCAAAACAUACAUGUUGUAGAUGGUCGUCCCUGUAAAGCCUGUUACCUGUGGGAAGUGUUUACUGUAGGUGUUUCAUCAUUAUUUACUGUCAAUGGGGAAGAAUCAUGGUGGAAAAUUGAACAUUGAUUAUUUCUGCAUCUCAUGCCAAUGACUGGUUUAUACAUACCUGCUGAUUUAACCAAUCUGAAUCGGAUUGGGUUCCUUAUAUUUUAAUGGUAUUGUUUUUUACUUGGGGGGAGGGGAGGGGAGGGGAGGGAUUGGGGGAGUAAUAUGAGGCCUUUUUAAAGCGAGCGCAUGAAACUAUAGUUGAACAUUAGCCACUGAAGCCACAAGUGAUAAUAAACUUGUAUUCAUUGAUUUGAGGUUUUUUGGCCAACAUAACAGGCAAAAAAACAACACGAUUGCCAAAGCAACGUUUUGGUUGGCAUGUUGGCAAUUUGGAGUCAAACCUCCGGCUGCCUGAAGAAUGUAAGUCUCUUUUUAGGUCUAUUUUGGCCUUCACCAACACCUGAGAAGCAUAUCUGGCUCUUUGGCUGCUAAGUGCUGCACUAUGUUCACCAGCUAUUUUCUAACUGUGCCUGCCUGCUGUUUAGUGCUGGACAGGUCAUAUGCAGUUAGUUUGUAAGAGCUAUUUUUCUGAAAGCAGCUGCCUGUUGUCACCAAACAAUGACCCCAAAAUAGACUAAAAGGCUCCCUACAGCUGAGGGGACUAGUGUUGAGUGAUCUCUGUGGCUUUUGUCAUGACAAGAACCCUUUUUACAUUAUACAU